AUGCUCUGCAUUGUAGUGUCAGUUAACAACCUUCUAUACACAGAAACUCAAACGCCAGAGGAAAGUGAAUCAACUACAAGCUUUUCUGUAUUCAUUUGCUGCACCCAAGGCAACAAUUCAUCCACCCAGAUCUCCCACCAGGAGACAAGGAACUGUGAAGUGCAGCACACUCCUGCCGUCGCCAGCAAGCACUGUGGUCCAGACCAUCGGACGAGCUAUUUCGCUGGCUAUGACAGUGUUUCAAAAUGCACUAGUGCCCUUGAGGACUUGUGCAAUGUAACUUCUGUGGUGUUUUCUCUACUAUUGAGCUUGUUUCCAGCCUUCAGUGAGCGAAAGUGCGAUGUUUCUAAUGAGGACAGACUGCUGCUGUUUCUUACGAAACUAAAACUAGGAAUCAGUUAUUCAUCGCUUGCAACACUUUUCAGCAUAAAUGAAAGGUCGGCCUCACGGCAUUUUAAAAGUGUCCUGAAGACAUUGGCAUUUGCGACAAGCAAAUGGGUUUUUCGUCCUCCGCUCCGAGUUAUUCAGGCUACCAUGCCAGAAUGUUUUCGGGUGCACUAUCCUGACUGCACACUCAUAAUUGAUUGUACAGAAAUCCGCACUGAGCAGCCACCAACUGUACAGCAGCAGAGGACUCUGUACUCUCAGUACAAAAGUGGUUAUACUUUGAAGUACCUCGUUGCACUCACACCCGGUGGCAUGAUUUGUUUCCACUCCGACGCAUAUGGGGGCAGGGUGUCUGACACACAUAUCACGGUAGAUUCAACUUUCCUUGAUAUUGUUAAGGCCGGCGAUAAGGUGCUUGCAGACAAAGGAUUUCCCGGAAUACGCACGGUUCUGGGUGAACGCAAUGCUGUGUUUGUCAUGCCCCCAUUUCUGCAGGGCCGUCAGUUCAGUGCCCAAGAAGUAAUGGACACGUACAACAUUGCCCAAGUGCGAAUUCAUGUGGAAAGGGCAAUCCAGAGAAUUAAAGUGCACAAUAUCUUGAACAGCAGGGUGCCAACAGAAAUGAUUCCUUUGAUGACUGAUGUAUUUCACAUGUGCUGUGUGCUGGCUAAUCUUCAGGCUCCAAUAAUUAAACCAAAGUAAUUUGCUCAGAUCUUGUCAUCCAGCCUAGCAACUGCCACAUUUAGCAAACCAUUAAUGAAAAAAAUUCAAUUUUUAAACUAAGACCAGUUUGGCUUUUUUUUUUUCAAGCAAGCAAGCAUAUUUAUUCAUAUAACACAUAUACAUGGUUUGCCCACGGGGUAAGGCAAAAGGAGCACUUAAACCUCCUGACUGGGCCUACUAAGCACUUCAAGAAAUUUUUAAUACUUCUACUAGUACUAAUAAUAAUAAUGAUAAUGUUUGGGGUUUUACAUGCCGAUACCACCAUAUGCUUAUAGGCACAUCAUUAAGUAUGGCUCUGGAAAUUUGGUCACCUGGAGUUUCUAAUAUCCACUUAAAUUUAGGUAUGCAGGCCUCUAGCAUUUUAUGGCCAUCGAAAAGCAACUGCCACGGCAGGGAUCAAGUUCUCGACGUUUGGAUCGGUAGUCGUCGAGCACCGUAACCACUGUGCCACCAUGGUGGCAUGAGGAUAGAGGUUUCAGUUGCAGCUUUUUGAUGUGCGUCUGAAUCGGCCGUUAGUAAGUUGUAGAAUUUUACAUGUGCAACCACAAUAUUGUUAAGGUCUUACUCAGGUCUUACCAAUAUCUUUUUGAUUUCGGUGACCGACCGCUAGGGCAGAUGUCCGUUGUCCAGCAUCGCAUACACAGGGAUAUGCCAAUCCUGUUCACUACUCUACUGCUGUGGACCCAUAGAUGUGCCGGGUCGGCGCUUUCGCCGACCGUCAAGGGUUAUGUUGCGUGGUUCUUUCAUUCACAGUGCAUAGUGGGUUAGACCCUGAAGGGAGUCUGGUUGAAAAGAUGAAGUCAACGUUCUUGCCUGAGCUGUGUUGUUGCUAGCUAGCGUCUGACUUGUUCUCUCCACGUAACAACAUUACGAGGGAUGCUGUAGUGGACGACUCUGGAUAUACUGACCUCCUGGGGUUUUUCAACGUGUACCCAAAUCUACGUACACUUGUCUAGCCUUUUGCCUCCGUUAAAAUGCAACAGCUAAUGCAGGGACAGAGCCCGCAACUAUCGGGUCAGCAGCCGAGCACUAUCACUACUACAGCAACCUGGUGGACUUGAACAAGCCCCUGUAUUAUCAUUUCCAUACACUGUUAAAUGAGUGGUUACUAAACGGUAGCCACACCUUCAUGCUUCUCAGCAGAGUAGUCUGCACUGAUGAAUCCUCUGAAUAAUAUGCAGUCAUUUUUUGGCACAAAUGGAGGAAGACAGCGUUGUACUUCAAAUGACAUGUUCAGUUGGUACGUUUAUUGUUAGAAACUUCAGAGCUAUGUCCUCUCUGGUUUUUUGAUUGUAUCACUACUGCACAAAGUGCAAUGUAGUUAGUUACUCAUGUUCUGUCGCCACAUUUACAGCGAGACAUGCAAUACAUUGCAUGAUGUAUAAAGUUAUUUCGCUAGUUAUUGUUUCUAGAUUUGUAACCACUUUUGCUUUGCAAUUCUACACUCUUGAUAUGGUAGUUUUUGUUCUCACUUUGGUGCUGCUUGUAUGGAGAUAUCCCUAAUCUUUAACAUUUCGAUUAUUUUGCACCUAUAUUGAAGUACUGUAUUUCUUCAAUGGGAAGUUAUGUAUGCUCUGUUAAAGAUUUUAACAGGAAAUCUCAAAACAGCUGCAGUGCCUUCCAUUCAGGUAUACCUGCAUUUUUAAAAGCUUGAAAAUUGAUGCCAAAAUACGCAUUCACAUCUUACAACAGUGCACUCGCAUGUACUUGUUUGGCACUUAAAGGCCCCCUCACCAGGUUUGACCAUUUUGAGGUGACAAGCGCAAUGCAAACGCUGGAGGCUCACGAUCACGCUUGCCAAAUUUCGCGAUGC